GGCACGUAUCUGGGUAGGACAGGCGCCAUUGCUCCUCUGGAAGAGUGCAACGACCCAACUAAACGUGAUGAAUGGCGGUCAUGGUUUGUUGAGCUCGGCUUCUGGAAAACUGGGGCAGACGUGAAUUGACAUAUACAAUGAUGGGUGAGACAUUAUUAAGGGUCAGCUAGUACAUGGGGAACAAUCGAGGCGCAUUCGGAGGAUUCCAAUGUGAUCAAGCGGAUUCGUUUCUCUUACUUGAGCCUCCUCCCUCUCUGUUCCUUGGCAUAAAAUUUCUGGUAUCCAAUAUAAAUGGAAAGGAGGACCAGUAUUCCAACGAUAUUGCCUGUAAUAAAGGCUGCCGUGCCAGUCAGCAAUUUAGCAGCCGAGUGGAGAAGCCCAGCCACAACCUCCAGUGCGGACGAAACCAUGGCUUGUAUUACAAUGAGACCAGAUUGGAGCACGUCCAGGACGCCAUGAACAAGGCGAAAAAGGAUAUUCAACAAGGUGGAGAAAAGAUUCUCAGCGCUGGAAGUGACGGAAAUCAUAUGUGCAACACGUCUUUAGAGAAGGAGAACCUAAGGAUGCCCCCAUCUCGCCAGCUUUAUAGGAGAAAGGACUCCACAUUAUUGGAGCCGACAGCAAGAUGGUGACGUUGAGAAUAUGAAAUUCAGCUGUGUUGAUGUCUAUUGUCAUCGUCG